UGAUUGGGAUAGUACCUUGGUGAUCCGGUGGAGGACCACCUGUGCCGGCCAUCACCAUGGAUGACUAUCCCAUCCAGGGCCUCUUGGCCCUCUCUGUUUUGUUGGGGCCAUUGUUCAAGUUUAUGUUCCUGUUGGGGUUCGGACGUGUGUGCACGUCCCGCAUGUUGAUGCGAUCAGGAGCAGUCAAGUCUGGCCCCACACCUGCGGAACAGGCUGAAAUAGACCGCAGGCUGGCAGAGAAGAAAAAGGCAAAAGAAGUAAAGAAAAAACAGAAAGAAGAAGAAACCAGAAAGAAGAUGAAAGAGCUAGAAGAAGAGUUGAAGAGUAUAGAAGAAGAAGAAGAAGAAGAAGAACAGGAAGAAGAACAGAUGUUGCAGCGACGUCGUCGUGAUAUCCCUGAGAGUAGUAGCCGGCUUCCCGUUGAACCAUUGGAUUGGGGGACACGGUACUAUUAUUCCAGCGAACCAUUGAAAGAGACUGACGCUGAGCGAGAUGCAUUCGUCGCCAAGUUGGCCACUGUGACAGACGUCACUGAACGUAACCUGCUGAUGGCAGAAAAGAGAAUUGAAUUGGAUGCUAGAUUGAUAGCUUCCAGACGGCAAGAGUUAAAGGAAAAGAGAAGACUGCAGGCAGAAGGGGAGAAAUUGCAGAAGGCUUUAGAAGAGCAAAAAGAGAAACCCCCUGCGAUAGAAGAGCAGCUUGUUCUCCUCAGAGAGACAGUCCUCAACACAAGGCAAGACAUGAAUUUAGUGCAUCAGAAACUACAAAGAGUUGAAGCACAUCGAGUUGAAUUCGAAAACGUCUGGAAUAAUUUUGUGGAAAAGUCAGCCAAAGAUGUUGACCAACAUGUGCAAACUUACAUCCAGGCUUUGGACGAAUAUAUUAAUAAAGUUUUUACCCCGGAAGUUAUAAAAAAGAUAAUGAAAGAAGCUGAAGGCGACGGAGGAGAUGGAAAUGGCGACGGCGAUGAUGACAAGAGCGGAAAGAAGAAAAUUGGGGAUUCGAAAGAAAAACUUCCUCAGCAACGAGCGCUGGAUGCUGCAAUGAGCGAGAUCAAUGCCACUUUCGGAAAUGGCACUGUCCAGAAGCUGGGCGACAUUCAUUCUGCUUUCACGUGGACAGAUGACCAGUCGGAGCGAAUUAGGAGGAAGAGAGCAAUACCUCCACAAACCAAACGAAGAAGAAACACGAAAGGUGGUCGGAGCAAUCAUCGUGGCGACGACGGCACAUGGCCCCAGAAUCUGGCGACUUUGAUCGAUGACCCUCCAGUGGAGGAUCUAGAAUUCGGAGACGGAGACAUCAUGGAGGAGGAUGGAACGAAGCGUUUGUCGAAGCAUAAUCCACACCCAUCGUCUGUUUAUGCACUGCAUCGUGUUUUGGAGCCCCUGCCACCUUGUCGCCCACAAACACGUGUGCAGUUUCUGCCGGCAUCACGAAGUCAAGAUGGCCCAGAGGAAGAUGUGCUCAACGCGGAGUCGCUGGUUGACGAAAUCUGUAAGGCCAGUCAGUGUGGAGUUGAUGGAGGUGAUCAGGUCUUGAGAAUUGAGGGUGUUAUGCGCCCAUGGAUGGGAGUGUUAUCGAGGCGGCACAUGUCGAAUGUUCUGAGAGAGUUGCUGGAACGUGGCAGGGUUAAGACCGCUGUCGAUGUGUUUGCUUGGAUGCAGAGUCGCGAACAUCUUCGUCCUGACGAAAAUAUAUGCAGGGUUAUGAUUGGCGGGAUUGCGUCCAACGGAAACAUGAACACGGCGUCGUUAUUUCAUCGAAAUAUAGGACUGGACCAGUCGUCUGAGACCUAUGGCGCGCUCGUAAAGGCCUAUGUUGAAGAUGGCCUCCUGAGUGAGGCGCUGGCGACAAUUGAAUACAUGGAUAGCGCGGGGAUGAAGCUCCACCGGUCGGUCUGUGCAAAGCUUCUCGUUGGAUCGUACAAGUGCCUCACUGGCUCGAUCGCGGCAACGAGGAGAGUGAAUGCGAUUGGAGAGACGAGGAGGCAAGUGGUGGACCUGACAAUGCAUCUCAUCAGGGAGAUGGCAGUAGGGGACAAUGGGAUGAAAUUGACAGUGAUGGAGUAUAGUGCCAUGCUACGUGCGUGUGGACAGGCUGGCCUACAUGAUCAGGUGAAGCCUCUGUACCGGGCCAUCAAGUCCGCAUGCGGUGAGCAUAUGAAUGUGGUCGUCUACACUGCGGCGAUGACUGCGUACUACAAGACGAAGAACUAUACAGAAGCCGCACUUCUGUUCUGGGAGAUGGAGCAAGCUGGGUGCUUACCGGACAUGCCGGCUUUUCAUCUCAUCAUGAAGGUCUACUGCAAGACGGGCAAUUUGUCGAAAGCGGAACGGGUGCCGAAGCGAAUGCAAGACCUCGGCCUCCAGCCAACGGUACAGAUCUAUAACUACUUGAUUGAUCUCUAUGGUCAGCAGAAUCAGCUGUUGCCACGUGCUCGGCAGGUAUUGAACCAAAUGAAGGCGUCCGGAUGCCUGCCCAAUGCGGGAACCUACAAUCGACUGGUGGAAUCUCACAGAAGAUGGGGCGCCCUGGACGAUAUGAUGGAUCUUCUGGCGGAGAAGCGCCGAGCUGGCUUCUUCACUACAACCGGUGAAGUACGACGACGAAUAGCAAUAGAUGGCGCAGCAAUCUGGGUGUGGGAUGGAGAUGGAGGGGGAGCUACAACGGGAGCAGUUCCACUAGAGGAUAUGCUCCUCCAUAAUGAAGACGACCUCUUGCUUGCAGAGGAUACUGAAGGUGACCAGGAUGAUGAUUUUGACAUGUCCCGCUGCCUUACAAACCUCUGCGCUGUGCGUGAGAGCUGGGAUUUCGACAGUGAGACGAGCUGUGAUGUUGCUGUGUGUGAGAGUGACGAGCAUGAGGGGGGGUCAGGAGACAGGUGGGUUAGCUUGAUGGCACUCUCCUAUCCGGUAGAGGAUGAGGGUGCCGCAGGUGAUGGAGAGAGGGGUUCUGCCACUGAUGACGCAGGUGAGUGGGAGGUUGAUGAUGAGAGGGUAGUUGGCGAUGGUAACGCAGGUGAGUGGGAAGGGGAGUGGGGGCUAUUGGCAUUGGUGGAAACGGCGGCAACAGCAGCGGCGGCGGCAACAGCAGCGGCAACGGCAAAAGCAAGAGCGAACACAGCAAUAGUAACAACAACAAUAUCAACAUCAACAAUACUGGAAGUGGAACAGGGGUGUAGGGCUGACAUGGUGGUUGUGGUAGAUGACAGGCAAGGAAUGGGUGAGAUUGACAAGAAGGGUGGGAUGGGUGACGAUGACAGGCAAGGAAAGGGUGCGAUUGACAAGAAGGGUCGGAUGGGUGACAAUAACAACGACAACAACAACAAUAACGGCGGCGAGCGGCAACUGUGCGAACUGGAUCAGACGGGCGUGAAGGAGGAUAACAACGACAACAACAACAACAACAAUAACAAUAACAACAACAACAAGAAUGACGGCGUCAGCAACAACAACAACAGUAACGAGAACAAUGAUGGUGAUCAGGGACUCGGGGUAAAGGGCGAGGAGGGGGGGAAGGACGACACUGUCAACAACAACAAUGGUGAUAACAACAACAACAACAACAACAACAACAACAACAACAACAUCUACAAUGGCAACAGUAAUAGCAACAAGAACGACAACAAUUACGACGACGGUGGCGGUGAUAACCAUGGGGGCAGAGGGGCAGGGAGUGGAGCUUUUGCAUCCAAGCUCCUUAUCAGCAUCAUGGGAAAGACGCUGCCAUCAGUAAAGUGGAGGAGAAUUAGUGGUUUGUUGCGGCUGGUGAAGUGGGGUUUCUGGUUGGAGGUAAGAUUUACGGUUCCCCCCCACCCCUAGCAGGUGUUUUCUCAUGACGAAUCGAGUUUUCUCUUCUGGUGCCGGGUGGGGAUAGGAUAGAUGAUAGCUCUGAGAUGAUUUGCCUUGAUUGCCUCUCAUCUUCCUAAUCCUCAACGCUUUUACGAGCAGGAGGUCAAUCCUUCCCCUGGGUUGGAAGUAAUCAAUGCCCCUGCUCUGU